GGUUGCACGGGGGGGGUUGGACAAGGGGUUGCACAGGGGAGUGCACAGAGUUUGCACAGAGAGUUUGCUUGCGGGGUUUUGCACAGGGAAGUGCACAGUGUUUGCACGUAGGGUUUUGCACUGAGGGUUUGCACAAGGGGGGUUGCACACGGGGUGUUGCAUGGGGUAUUGCACAGGGUUUGCACGUGGGGUGUUGCACUGAGGGUUUGCACAAGGGGGGUUGCACAUGGGGUGUUGCAUGGGGUAUUGCAUAGGGUUUGCACAUGGGGUGUUGCACUGAGGGUUUGCAAAUGGGGUUGGAAACAAGGGGUUGCAAGGGGAAAUGCACAGAGAGAUUUGCACAAGGGAGUGCACAGAGUUUGCACAUGGGGUGUUGCACUGAGGGUUUGCAAACGGGCUUGGAAGCAAGGGAGCACACGGGGGUGCACAGAGGGUUUGCAUGUGGGGUUUUGCACGGAGGGUUUGCACAAGGGGGGUUGCACGUGGGGUUUUGUGCACAGGGCGUUGCACGGAGGGGUUUGCAGGGGGGACGUUGCACAGGAGCUGCACAGGUGGGGCUGUUUGCAUGGGGUGGGGGGGGUUGUUUUGCAGCCACCCCCCGGAAGCAGCGCCGUGAGCGCACCACGUUCACGCGGGCGCAGUUGGACAUCCUGGAGGCUCUGUUUGCCAAAACGAGGUACCCCGACAUCUUCAUGAGGGAGGAGGUGGCCCUGAAGAUCAACCUGCCUGAGUCCCGCGUGCAGGUGUGGUUCAAGAACCGCCGCGCCAAGUGCCGCCAGCAGCAGCAGCAGAGCAGCGGGCAGCCCAAGGCGCGCCCGGCCAAGAAGAAGCCGACGCCGCCCCGAGAAGCCCCGAACGACGCCGGGGGGGCCGGGCCGUACAGCCCCACGCAGCCCGGCCCCGCGGGGACCCCCGGCUCCGCCGCCCCCGUCUCCAUUUGGAGCCCGGCCUCCAUCUCUCCCGUGCCGGACCCGUUGGCCGCCGGCAGCGCUCCGGGUUUGCCGCGUUCCGCUCCGUUCUCCGCCGCUCCGUACAACCAAACGGCGCCCUACGGGCAGAGCUACGGCGGGUCGGCCGCCUACUUCGGGGGCCUGGACUGCGGGGCGUACCUCUCCCCCAUGCACCCUCCGCUGGGGGCUCCCGGCGCUGCUCUCAGCCCCCUGGGGGCACCCAUGGGCGCUCACCUGACGCCCUCCCCCGCCGCUCUGUCCGGGCAGAGCUUCGGGGCGGGGUUGGGCUUCGGGGCGGUGGAUUGCUUGGAGUACAAAGAGCAGGCGGGAGCGUGGAAGCUCAACUUCAACGCGGCCGAUUGCCUGGACUACAAGGAGCAGAGCUCCUGGAAGUUCCAGGUGUUGUGAGGGGGGAGGAGAGACGGGGGGUGGGUGUGUGUGUGUGGGGGGGGGGUGAAUUGGGGAGGUGGGCGGCCCCGGGGGUCGGGGUGGCUCUGCAUGGACUGGAGUUGGGGUGCGCAGAGUGCAUGGAGCGGCCCCGGGGGUGCAGCAGCCCCAAAGGAUGCGGCAUCCCUGCAUGGAGCGUUGCUAAGAAACAGAGCAUCCCUGCAUGGAGCGUUGCUAAGAAACAGAGCAUCCCUGCAUGGAGCAUCCCCUGGGGACACAGCAUCCCUGCAUGGAGCAUCCCCGGGACAUGCAACAUCCCUGCAUGGAGCAUCCCUAAGGGUCACAGUAUCCCUGCGUGGAGCAUCCCUGCAUGGAGCACCCCCAGGACGUGCAAUAUCCCUGCAUGGAGCACCCCCAGGACUUGCAGCGUCCCUGCGUGGAGCGUUGCUAAGAAACAGCAUCCCUGCACGGAGCGUCACUGUGGAACACAGCACUGCUGCAUGGAGCAUUCCUGCGUGGGGCAUCCCCAAAGAAUGCAGCAUUGCUGCGUGGAGCAUCAUUGCAUGGAGCAUCUCCAGGACACACAGCAUCCCUGCGCGGGGCGUCUCUAAGGAGUGCAGCAUCCCUGUGUGGGGUUUCCCUGCAUGCAUCACCCGCAGGGGGUGGAGGAUCUCUGCAUGCAGCGCCCUUGCUUGGAGCAGCCCUAAGGAACACAGCACCCCUGCAUGGAGCACCCCCAGGACGUGCAGCACCUCCGCAUGGAGCAUCCCCAAAGAAUGCAGCACCCCUGCAUGGAGCACCUUUGAAUGCAGCAUCCCGAAGGAGUGCAGCAUCCCCGCACGGGCUGUCCCUGCAUGCAUCGCCCUCAGGGUGUGGAGGACCUUUGCAUGCAGCGUCCCUGCUUGGAGCGGCCCUGCACGGCGCAUCCCCAGGACGUGCAGCGUCUCUGCAUGGUGCAUCCCUAAGGAACGCAGCGUCCCUGCAGAGCAUUCCCAGUGGUUGCAGCAUCGCUGCACGGCGCAUCCCUCAGGACUGCAGCAGCCUUGCAAUCCCUGCAUCCCUGCACUCUGCACCCCAGCUUGGAGCAUCCCCCCCGCGGCGCAUCCCUGCAGCACAGCCCAUCCCUGCGCGCUGCAGCUCUGCGUGGACCACCCUUGUGGUGUUGAGCGCUGCACCUGCAGCAUGCAGCGCCCUUGCAACACAUUGUGACGCCUUUUGCACCGCUGAGCACCUUUGCAGCUGGUUGGUAUGGAUGCACCUCUGCAGCACAGAGCGUGCACCCAGCACAGAGCAUCCUUGCAACGUGUUGCAACGCACCCUUGCGGCACAGAGCACCGUUGCAGCAUGGAGCACCUUUGCAGCUGCUUGGCAUGCAGCUCUGCAGGGUGGAGCACGCAUCCAGCACGGAGCAGCCUUGCAAGCUGUUGCACUGCACCCUUGCAGCACAGAGCAUCGUUGCAGUGCAGUGCAUCGCUGCACAAACUGACGUUGCCCCCCUUCUUCCCCCCCCCCCCCAUUGCAGCUCCGCAGCGGAGGAGAGCGCAGAGGAGAGGAAAAGGCUUUAAAAACAAACAAACAAAAGGAAUUAAUCAUAAUUAAAACAAAGUGCAAACGAA